UGGAAAUGGUUUCUGGGUGGGGCAGAAACGGGAGCCGGUCAGGACGGAAGUGGCUUCAGUCAGGGCGGAAGUUGCCUCUGGAUGGGAGAGGAAUGGAUUCUACACUGAGCUGAAAUGGCUUCAGGAAGGGCGGAAGUGACCUCUGGAUUGGGCAGAAGGGGCUUCAAGAGUCGUGAGGGCGGAAGACGCUUUCAAUCAGAGCGGAAGUGACUUCAGGAUGGGCGGAAGUUACCUGGAGGUGGAGAGCGGAAGUCACUUCUUCCUGCUAGUUCGGAAGUUGCCUGUGGACAGGGCAGCAGCUGCCUCCGAGCGAAGGCGGAAGUGGGUCUAUCAAGGACCGGAAGUGGGUUCCGCACCGACCGGAAACGGCUCCAGGACGGACCAAGAGCUCCUUCGGGUCAGACCGGAAGUUCCUCCCUGCCCGACCGGAAGUUCCUCCCUGCCCGACCGGAAGUGCUUUCCGAACGGCCCGGAAGCGGCGGUGCGGACGAUGAUGGGGGAGAAGAAAGCGUCAGGCCGCGUCCCGGAGCCGUCGCAGCGGCGGGUGUUGGACGGGGCGGCGCGGCAGCGGCGGCUGUGCCGGCAGUUGGAGGCGCUGGAGCGGGAUAACUUCGGGGACGAUCCGCAGGCCGGGCUGCCGAGGCCCGGGAAGAGGCUGCCGCACUUCGCGGACACCGCCGAGACCGCUGCCUGAAGUGGACGGUGUGACGUCCCUACCCCCAUCCUUGGUGACAAUGAAAGUCUGCGUGUGCCACCCCCCCCCAGCCCCACCAGGUACAGGAACAAGAUGGCCGCCAUGACGCUCCCCCGUAAGAGCCAAAGGACUUUCUGUCCACAGACAAACGGCGACAGAGAACGCGGGCGCUGUCCCUUUAAAAUACAUUUUUUUGGUCUACAGAGAAA